AUGCAAUUUGAUAAAUCCAAAUUGAUUCUGACCGUGUCAUCACUUUUCCGUUCGAAAGUUGUGAGAACAUGGUCAUUACGGAUCAUACUUCUGAUUUGGUUAAUAACGCUUGGAUUCUGGUUAUAUGAUAACCAAUCUAAUUCUGAAGCAAUCUUUCAAGAUGAAUUUUUACAAGAUUAUUAUUUAGAGUCACAUACAAACUUCCAAACAAUAGAUGAAUAUUUGAAGUCUUUAGAGCCUGCUUAUAACGAAGCAUUCCCUAUGGGAAGAUUGGUUCAUUCAAGAACUUAUGAUAACUUGACUAAAAAGUAUGAUUUAACAUACUUACUUAAAGAUACAACCUUCCAAGAAAGAUGUGAUUUAUACUUCAAAGAAUUAUAUCAACAAAAACCAAACUGGAAUAUUGAUCUAGAUUAUGAUUUUAGUUUUGAUAGAGAUGGUUAUUCCACUCUUGAGAAAUAUAAAGAAAAGAAAAUUGAAGAAUAUAAAAAUAAUGAAGCAAAGGAAAAAGAAAUUAAGAAAUCUGAAGUGGUAGUAACCGAUAAAAAGAUUAAAGAAAUUGAAGCUAAUCAUGUAGAAGUUGUUGCAAGAAUUGCUGAACAUGAGAAAUUGAUUCAUGAUUAUUUAACUCACGUUAAAGUGUUUAACAAAUGUUAUAUUUUAUCUUCAUCAAUUCCUGAAAGGGUUUCGGUUACUAACUUUGUUAAUAAUCAAAAGUCUGAAUUAGCUAAUAUUGAUUUAGAUAAAACAUCUAAGAAAUUAAAGUCUAAAUCAAAAUCAAAGUCAUUGAAAAACUCCCAAUCAUUUCAAGAUUUAGAGUCGAGAAUUUAUCCUUGGUUAACUGGUGUACUUCCAACUUUUACUAGAUGGGAUGGUAAAGUAAUUAAAAAUGCAUUGCCACAAAUGUGUAAAUAUACAGCACAGGAAUGUGUUUCUGUUAAUGCUGAAGCAAACAUUAAAUCAUCAUUUGUUGAACGUAAGCCAGGCUUUAUGAAAAAGUUUAGACAAGGAUUAAAUGGACGAGGUAUUGGACUUACCAUCAGUAAUUCCCAUGUUGUCAUGGCCAUUCGUUUCAUUAGAUUAUUAAGAGCUUUGGAUAAUGAGCUCCCAAUUGAAAUCAUAUACGUACUGGAUUUAAAUGCUGAAUCGAGAAAUCAAUUGAUUGAAGCAAGUAGAGGGCCACUCUCUGAUGGUGGCGGUAAAGUUUUGAAAGCGCAAGAACUUUGGUUUGUUGAUGUUUCACCGGCUGUAAAUAAGAAAUAUCAUGGUAAAUUUGGUGGAUUUGGUAAUAAAAUCUUGGCUACCAUUUUUAACUCAUUUAAUGAAUUCAUAUUGGUUGAUGCUGAUACAGUUAUGCUUAAAGCUCCAGAUUAUUUUUUCAAUUUACCUAAAUAUCAGCAAUACGGUACAUUCUAUUACAAAGAUAGAAGUGCAGCUGAGUUUAGACCAAAAGAUGAUACUACGUUUUUCCGUAAAAUGAUGCCAUCCCAAUUGGAUACUGCUAUGUUUGGAAUACCUCAAAUUACAGAUUAUACUCUUAAAAGAGAAUUCUUCAAAGGUAUGUCACAUUAUAUGGAAAGUGGCCUUGUUGUUAUAAACAGAGAACGUCAUUUUACUAAAGGGUUCAUUAUGGCUCAAUUAAAUGCGAUUAAACCUGCUCAUGAUAGACUUUAUGGAGACAAAGAAUUGUUCUGGUUAGCUCAUACAGUUUCAGGUGAUGAAUCAUAUUAUUUCAAUAAACAUUUCAGUGCAGCUAUCGGAGAAGUUACACCAGAUCGUGAAAGAAAUGCCAAUCUUAAAGAGAAAAAGCCAAAUUUCAAGUCCAAAGAAAUUUGUUCAAAUCAUCCCGCUCAUAUUAAUGAUCAAGAUGAUCAUACAUUAUUAUGGUUUAAUUCGGGAUUCCAAUUUUGUGGUCAAACUGCUAAAGUUGAUUUUGAAAGUGAAUUUGAACAUAAGGAUAGAUACACUCAAUUUAAUAGUUUGAGCAGUUUCCAAGCAUUUUUCACAAGUAAGCUUGGUAUUAAGGAAGCAGUUAUCCCACCUGUUAAUUUUGAUAUUGGAAUGGACCAACCAAACAAAGAUGAUGAACCAUCGAGGGGUUGGGUUAAUGCAAGAAAUUAUUGUAAUGGGUAUACUUGGUGUGCAUACUCUCUGAUUGGUAGUGAUAAAGAAGGUGAGACAAAUAAUAUACAAGAAGGUCUUUACAUUAAAUACACUGAUGAUGAAACAAAAUUAUUUGACUAUCUUGGAGGUAUUUGGACCUAUCCAUUUGAUUUUAGAAGUGACAAGCAAGUUGAGAUUGACAGAAUAGAAGCUAUCAAGAAGGCUAAAGAAGAUGAAGAGAAGAAGAAAAAGAAGGAAGAAGAGGAUUUGAAGAAGAAGGAAGAAGAAGAAAAGAAGAAGAAGGAAGAGGAUGAAAAGAAGAAGAAAGAAGAGGAUGAAAAGAAGAAGAAAGAAGAAGAUGAAAAGAAGCAGAAGGAAGAGGAUGAAAAGAAGAAGAAAGAAGAAGAUGAUAAGAAGAAAGAGGAAGAAGGGGAAAUGAAGUCAGAUGAAGACUUUAAGAAGAAUUAA